UGCAGACCCGGAAGCGGGUUUCGUGGAGCGGUGGCCAGUCUGUGGAGUGAUUGAAUUCCCAAGCUUGAUCCUGCCUGAGGAAGAAUCCUGGAAAGGGAGGAAGAGCAAAGGAAAGGAGUCGGGAAUGGCCGUCUGUCAGGGAUGGUUGACCUUCAGGGAUGUGGCCAUAGAGUUCUCUCAGGAGGAGUGGGAGUGCCUGGACCCCGCACAGAGGGCCUUGUACAGGGACGUGAUGCUGGAGAACUACAGGAACCUGGUCUCCUUGGCUCUCUCUCCCAAAUGUGUGAUCAAGGAACUACCACCAAAAGAAAACAGUAAUACAGGGGAAGUAUUGCAGACAGUUAUAUUGGAAAGACAUGAAAGCCGUGACGCCGAAGAUUGUGGCUUCAGAGAAAUCCAGAAAAGUUUUCACGACUCUGAGUGUCAGCGGAGAGACGGUGAAAGAAAUCACGAAGGUGUGCUCGUGACCCUUAACAAAAACCUGACUGGUAGAAGAGACGCAGGAAACGAGCCGAUUGAAAACAGGUCUGGACUAAGCUUUCAGUCACGUCUGGCUGGCGUGCAGAUACUUCAGACUGAAGGGAAAAUUUACGAAUGUCACCAAGUGGCGAGGUCUGUCAACGAUAGUGCCUCAGUUUCACUACUUCACACAAUUCUUCCAAGAGUCCCGACCAACAUCUCUAAUGAACGUGGGAAUGAUCCCUUGCGUUCUUCAUUACUCACACAAGACCAGAAAGCGCGCAUCAGGGAAGAACCUUACACACGUGAGGAGUGUGACAAAGCAGUGAAUCCCGGUCUACACCCCACUAGACGUCAGGUAAUCCAGACAGGAGAGAAACCAUAUAAAUGUGACAUAUGUGGGAAGGUCUUCAGUCGCAACUCGCACCUCGUACGUCAUCACAGAAUUCACACUGGAGAGAAACCUUACCACUGCAAUGAGUGUGGCAGGGCCUUCAGUGAGUGUUCAGGUCUUACGAGCCAUCAGGUGAUCCAUACGGGAGAGAAGCCUUACAAGUGUAAUGAGUGUGGCAAGGUCUUCAGUCAGAGCUCAGGCCUGGUGAGUCACCGAAGAAUUCACACGGGAGAGAAGCCUUACAAGUGCAACGAAUGUGGCAAAGCCUUUACCUACGGCUCACAGCUCACUAACCACCAGGUAAUCCAUACCGGUGUGAAACCCUACAAAUGUAACGAGUGUGGCAAAGCCUUUAAUCAGAGCUCACAUCUCACUAGACAUCAAAUAAUCCACACGGGAGAGAAACAUUACAAGUGUGACGAAUGCGGGAAGGUCUUCAGUUACGAUUCACACCUUGCGCGUCAUCGCAGGACUCAUUCUGGAGAGAAGCCUUACCAGUGCCAUGAGUGUGGCAGAGCCUUUACUAUGCUGUCGAGCCUUACUUACCAUCAGGUGAUCCAUACUAGAGAGAAACCUUACAAAUGUAAUGAAUGCGGCAAGGUCUUCAGUCAGAGUUCAAGCCUGCCUAGUCAUCGGAGAAUUCAUACUGGAGAGAAACCUUACCAGUGUGAUCAGUGUGGCAGAUCGUUCAUUCAACGCUCCAACCUCACUAGACACCAGAUGAUCCAUACUGGAGAGAAACCUUAUAAAUGUAGUCAUUGUGGCAAGGUCUUCACUCAGAAUUCAAGCCUUGUAAGCCAUCAGAGAAUUCAUACCGGGGAGUAAUCUGACGAAUGUAGGGAGUGUGACAAUGCAUUUGAUUUGAAGUUCAAGCACGAAUCGGCAUCAGAGAGCCCACACUAAAGAGAAAUCACAUAAAUGGAACGUGUGCGGCAGAGGACUUACACAGGCUUCGCCACUCACUAGACAUCGGGAUCUACAUCUCUGAUAAAACCACAUUAAUGUAAUGUGCAUGCUAAGGCUUCUACCCAUGGAUCAAAACUAUAGAACAUCACAGGGCCCACACCGGAGAGCAGCCUUACAAAUGUAAUGAAUCUGAGAGGGCUUUUUUUCAAACAUCCUGCCUUUGAUGUCUUUGAUGACAGAGCGUGAGUGGGGGAGGAGCAGAGCGAAAGGGAGACACGGAAUCUGAAGCAGGCUCCAGGCACUGAGCUGUCAGCACAGAGCCCCACGCGGGGCUCGAACCCACGGACCGCAAGACCGUGACCUGAGCCGAAGUCGGACGCUCAACUGACUGAGCCACCCAGGUGCCCUCAGAGAGUUUCUAUGAGGAAUAAACUAAUGAAAUCUCAAGUUCUCUAAAGUGAGAUACCGAAAUAGUACACACCACAGGAUAAUUGUUUUUUUUCAAAAUACCACAGAAUAAAGUCAAAAUGUGUUAAAACUCCAGAUGGGAAGAUAGAUAACACAGAGAUAGAGCAAAGGUAUAUGGAUACUGAGGAUAAUGUUCUAUGGAAUCUUUUCUGGUUUAAAGUAUUAUUGUUUUACAUCUCACAUUUAAAGCUAUGAUCAUUUUUGAGCUAAUAUUAGUACAGGUAUGAAGUUUUUGUGGAGUUUUUUUGUUUUUUUUAAAUUCUCUUAGUUUCCUUGGUACCUUUGUCCGAGUUCAAUUGGAAGUACUUGUGUGGGGCCAUUUCUGGGUUCUCUGUUCUUUUCCAUUGAUUUAUUUGUGUCUCACUCCACGAAUACAAUGUAGUUUUGAUUACUUUUUACUAUAUUAGAAAUCUUGCAUGAAGAUUCUGACCACUUUAUUCUUUUUCAGAUGCUCUAGCUAUUCUAGUUCCUUUGCCUUUCUUUAUAAAUUUUAGAAUAAUCUUGUUUGUAUUGUAGAAAAUACCUUGAUAGAAAUUACAUUAAUCUGUCUAUCAAUUUGUAAUCGUUUGACAUCAUUUCUGUGUUGUAUCUUCCAGUAAAUGGCUGUGGUAGGUCUCUAUUUGUGUAAACUUUUAUAGAUUUUAGCAUCAAAAUCCUGUUAAUGUUUUUGUUAGAUUAACAUAUGUUUGUACUUUUUCCUUUUUGAGCAAUUGUACAUAUAAUUGUAUUUUUAAUUUCAGUUUCCAUGUGUUAACUGCUACUGCAUUGAAGUAAUACAGAUUUUUUUAAUGUCGAUCUUGAAUAUCUAGAAUUUACUAAUCUUACAGGGCGCCUGGCUGGCUCAGUUAAAGAGCAUGCAACUCUUGAUCUCCAGGGCAUGAGUUUGAGCCCCACUUUGGGUGUAGAAAUUACUAAAAAAGUAAAUAAAUGAACUUAAAAAAAAAGAAUUUACUAAUCUCACUUUAGAGAUUUGUAGCUUCUCUGGGCUUUUUUCUUUCUUUUUUUUUUUUUUUAAAUGUUUGUUCAUUUUUGAGACAAAGACAGAGCAUGACCAGGGGAGGGGCAGAGAGAGAGAGGGAGACACAGAAUCUGAAGCAGGCUUCAGGCUCUGAGCUGUCAGCACAGAGCCUGAUGUGGGACUCGAACUCACAAACCGCCAGAUCAUGACCUGAGCCCAAGUCAGACGCCUAACCGACUGAGCCACCCAGGAGUCCCUCUUUGGGCUUUUCUGUGUACACCAUUUCGCUAGCUUCCUAAUGUGGCUGUAAAAAGUUACCCCAAACUAAGUGAAUUAAAACAAUAAAAUUUAUUCUCUUUUACUUCUCAACAUAAGGUGUCUAGAAUGGAUCCACAGCACUGUUAGCCUUCUUGAUAUUCCAGGGAGGAAUUUGUUUCCUUGCACUUUCCAAGUUCCGGAGACUGCUUAAUUGCCUUGCCUGAUAGCCCACUUCCUCUAAGGUAACAUCUUAACAUCUGUCCCCAUCCUGCUUCUAUCAGAGCAACGACUUCUCUGUCUCCAACUCCACUUAUAUCCUUCUUAUCACACCCUCCUGAUUAUAUCAUGUUUGCCAGGUAAUCUAGGAUCAUCUUGCAUCUCAGGAUCCUUACCUAGGGCACAAGGACAAACUCUUUUUGCAAACUCUCUUUUGACAUAGAAUGUAACCCUCGCGGGUUAUAGGGAUGAGGGCUAUCCUUUUGGUGGGGGGUGAGAGGCGUCGGGAGGCAUUCAUCUUACUGCAAUUGCAAUACUUUCUGUUGAUGGGUACAUUAUUAAACCUUCCUUUCUGGUCUACAUCACUUUUCUUUCCUUAUUUCAUUGGCUGUAACAUACAGUACGU